AUGGAUUACUUCUCAAAGUUCUUGAGAUCGGGGAGUCAGGCAGCCCCCAAGGCGGAGGUCGACCAUUCCCAAGAGUUCCACAAAUCAUGGCUGUUGGUAAAGAACACCUUGCUGCAUCCAGACGAACGCCAGUUGUCGCGCGGUAUCAAGUCCACUGACGUACCGAUUCACCUUCAAUCGAUGGUUGAUGCGCUCGUAUGGGAGUCAACGCGAACAGAAGAAGGAGGCACCGGCGCAUGUCUAGAGUAUCUCCUCAAGAACGAUGUUCUUGGCACUCUUGUGAAGCUAAGCGAGACAGAUCGCCCCUCAGGCACUCAAGCCGAGGUACUACGCGCUGUGCAAAAUAUGGUUGUGCUUCUAGAUGAGCAAUUCCUCGUCCAUUCCGCUGUACACAAGGCCGUCCUCCGACUUCUGAGGAAUUGCGUUGGGGAUGACAUUCAAGAGCAGUUAGAUGGCAGAAAUAAAGUGAUGGGCGCUGCGGGCAAUGCAGUCAGAAGCCCUCCCUCUGAAUAUGAAGAAGACCUUGUAAAUCUUCUUUGCAUUUUGUGCAGCAGGAUCAGAACGUAUAGAGAACUGCUCAUGAUCUUCUUCCACGACAAGCAGUGGUAUCGACCGGAGCCAUUAUUCUCUGUAGAAGAAGAGGAUGAAGAAGCCCAGGAGGAUGAGGAAAGAGACGAUGAAACAGCGGAACAUGUUGAUGAGGUUGUGAAUACGCCAGAAGAUAGGGUCUCUGCUGCUGUUCGAUUACCACAUCCCGGUUCACCAACUUCCUCUCAUGACACAGGCAGCUUCGCACCCACAUCCUCACUCAGCAAGAAGCCGGAAUAUGAAUUUCUUCUCUUCAACUAUCUGCUUCGCUUCGUACAUCGAGAAGGACGCAUUGGUGAUUUCGCUCGUGCAGGACUUCUCUUUCUCAUGGAUGUGGCAAUGUCUCCUGGGGACUCGGGUCACAAAGCUGUUGAGGAUAUUACUCAUCUGUCUUCGUCUUCCCGUUCAGACGUCGCCUUUACUGACCCUACUGCCGAUGCUGCUUUAGCACUUGCGGAGUACAUUAUUGAUGGUGAUUUUUCCGAAGUGCUCGCUGCAGGAGUUUCAGCAGUAUAUUCACUUUUGCCGUCCAAGCUGGACAUUAGACCACCGGUGCCAUCGGAAAACACGCGGAACGGUGGUAUGGUGCUUGGGAGCACUCUGAUCGAAUUGUCUAAUGAAGAGAAGGAGGAUAUCGAGGCCGCGCAGGAGAAGAGUCGCGCAUUGGGAGUCGAGGACUCGUCGAAUCCAGAUUUCAGGGCGCGUUUGGACCAUUUUCUCAAGCUGCUGGAAUUCUUGCAAGAUGUCCUUCGUCGGAAUGUGCUCCGCGAAAGUGCGGAUGGCAGCAUAGAUGCAUCGAAUCUCGUGGGUUCUGCCAUUGUACAGUCAAUUUUAGACGCCAUCCGGAGGGUAUUUCUUGAAAAUGUCCUAUACCCAUCUAUCCUUGAAUGCUCCGACGUUGAUGGGAGUGCGGUCGCAGUCAUGUCUUACAUCGAAAUUAUGCUCCACACUCUACAGAAUGGCGAGCUCGCGGAUCUCUUGAUAGACUUCCUCACGAGCGAAGACAACAGCGAGGUUCUCUCGCGAGGCCAUAUGCAUCACCAGUCAACCCUAAAUUUAAACGGAAGUGUUCCACCGACUGCUCGCGCAGUUGACAAGAAAACGAAGUUGCGCCGACGGAAAAGCACUGCCAUGGUUCUGUUGGAGAUGGAAGCACCAGAGUCAAGGAGGCAGUCCGAAUAUUUCACGUCCAUGGGCCGCUUUACCCUGAAAGACCUGCUUCUGAGUAGUCUGCGAUCCAAGUCCCAGCCUACUAAAACUGCUGCAUUGCAGUUGCUGCAAUCACUAUUGUUACAGUGUUGCACAAUAUGCGUGGACAGACUACUCAUUGUCAUCCACGAUCCUCAUGCCACUAGCUUUCCGCAUCCCGCUGUCGUAAAGCUUCUUACCGAAAGGGCCCCAUCAUACUCUGACGAUGAAGAAUCAUUCGUUUAUCCCGGCUCUGAUAGGACCACAACGAGACCUUCAAGAGGUGACCCUGCUAUCAUGGAUUCAAUUACUUUCCUACAACCAGACACAACAUACUGGACCCACGAACGCGAGAUGGGCCUUUACCUGACACUGGUAUCUCGCGUUGAUCCUAAUCACAACGAAGACGCCUUCAGCACCGGCUAUGAUCACUACCUGCACGACGCCCUUCUAUCGAUACAAAACCAGAUAUGCUUCCAGCAAGAUGUCGAUACGGAGAUGAGACCUAAACUAAAGCACCGCCUCAACCCCAAUGACCCCCUACUCUCGUGCGUCCUUGAGGCUUUGCGCACAUUUUUCUCGAAUAGCCCCGAGCUUAACAUGGCACUCACUGGAGUCCUUGCCACGCUCGCAGUUUGUCCAGAUCGAUCCUUGGCAGGUUGGUUGACAUUCGCUUCCAAGGAAAUCGAUACAGUCCAGGUUGGGCUUACUCAGGACGGCGUCACGUUUGAUUAUGGGAACGAUGGUGACGAUCGCUCUAUCGACUUUCGGAUAGAGGAGAAGCUCGCUUCUGAAUCUCACUUCCUUCCGGCAUCAAGCAUCGACGAACAGUCGCGACCUGUUGUACAUUCGGUUUUCCAUGGGCUUGUAUCGCAGCUCGAACGGUACAGAGUGAUGGUCGGGAAUUUUGAUCAGUACCUCCUCGAGCGGCGACAAGGCCUACUUUUUUCUGAAAACCUCACGGACGCGUUGACAUUGGCUUUAGAAAUUGAACCAUCAGUGUCGACUAAGCCAACGUUGACCAAUCCAGCUACAUCAGAGCCAAGUACCGCUCGACCCAAGUCUAAACCGAAAUCAGCAUCCUCGUUGGUCUCGUUUCUCACACCGAAAAAGAGCAAACCUGCUAAAUCUUUAUCGACCGAACUGGCAACUCCACCACGGAAAGAGGAUAAAAAUGUCGAGGCAAGUCCGUUUGGUCCCCAUUACCAGAAGACUGGUGCGAUCGUUGUUGAGCCGUUUGCGGCCCCUCCACCUUCGACCGGACCAUGGACACCCCGGAUGCCUCGGAAGUGGAACACUGAUGACGAAGACGUCUUUGGGUCUUCCGGGCAAUGGGGAGACCGUCGUGCCGAUGUAGAGAGUGAUGCUCAAGACGACAGUGAUGACGAUCAGAAACAUAAUGGAGUCGCCAACGUUACUUUAUCGCGAUUAUUGGACAAUGUGGUAAUUCUGGAGGAAUCUAUCAAAGAACUUGUUGCUAUCAUCCAUGCUCGACGUAGCCUCGGAAUUGAUUCGAUACGAUAUCUGUAA